GACACCGGGCGGUAAAUGGCGCUGCAGGCGGGAAGGUUGAGUGGCUGGUGCUCCGAGCCUCUGGGGAGAUGUGUAGUGACUUCCAUAGGGCUGAAUCUGGGACGGAGCUCCUUGCCCGACUGGAAGGUAGAAGUUCCUUGAAAGAAAUAGAACCACAUCUGUUUGCUGAUGAAGAGUCACCUGUGCAUGGUGAUAUUCUUGAAUUUCAUGGUGCAGAAGGAACAGGAAAAACCGAAAUGCUUUAUCAUCUGACAGCACGAUGUAUACUUCCAAAAUCGGAAGGGGGACUGGAAGUAGAAGUCGUGUUUAUUGAUACAGAUUACCACUUUGAUAUGCUCCGGCUGGUUACGGUCCUGGAGCAUCGGCUGUCCCAGAGCUCUGAAGAAACAGUGCGCCGCUGCCUUGGCCGAUUGUUUCUGCUGUACUGCGGUGGUAGCACCCAGUUACUCCUCACCCUGUGCUCGCUGCAAACCAUGCUCUGCAGUCAUCCUUCUGUCUGCCUUUUGAUUUUGGAUAGCCUGUCAGCUUUUUAUUGGAUAGACCGCGCGAACGGAGGAGAAAGUGUUAACUUACAGGAGUCGACUCUGAAGAAGUGCUCUCAGCUCUUAGAGAAGCUUGUAAACGAGUAUCGCUUGGUUCUCUUUGCAACAACGCAAAGUAUAAUGCAGAAAGCCUCAAACCCGGAGGAAGGGCCUUCCUGUGCCUUUAAUCGCCCGGGUGACGUGGAUGUGGACUAUAGGCCCUAUCUCUGUAAGGCGUGGCAGCAGGUAGUGAAGCGUAGAAUCCUCUUCUCCAAACAAAAUGAUUCUAAAGCCGGCAACCAGUUUUCUUUAGUUUCACGUCAUUUAAAAAGUAACAAUUUAAAAAAACACUUUUUUACUAUUGGAGAAAGUGGUGUUGAGUUUUGUUGA